AUGAUAUUUGACUUUGUGAGCAAAUUCAAGCCCAGGUUUAAAGCCGAACCACAAAAUUCUAGCUGGAGACCUUCAUACCUGCAACGGAAAAUAUUAUUACUCUUUGUGAUUACCUUUGCCGCGACUAUCGGGGCCCUUGAAGCAUGUUACCAGUCCUCUGAAACUCAGAAUGGCCUUGCCACUUCUAGUCAUAGUCGGCAUUAUCUUUGGACAUAUGGACCAACAGCCAUUUUUACAAUUGUCACUACGUUCUGGUCACGCGUUGAAUUCCAGAUAAAGCAGAAUGCGCCAUGGCAGACAAUGACCGACACUCCCCAGCCAGCGGGCAAAAGUGUGUUGCUAGACUAUAUAUCCGACAUGCAGCCAGUCGCUUUGUGGAGGGCGGCAAGGAAUAAACAUUUUGCCGUUGCAACCAGUGUCGGAUGCUCUCUACUGCUACAGCUCAUCAUCAUUUUCUCAACUAGCUUGUUUUCACUCCAGAGAGUCCAGAUUCAUCAGACGGAUGUCCCUAUUCAACUUCACAACAUGUUCACUACCCAAGAUUCUACCCUUGAUACUGUCGGUUCCCAACCGUUCGAUGUCCUCAAUGGAGUUAUUUAUGACAAUGUUACAUACCCCAUUGGCACAACACAAAACCUGACUUUUCAGGACUUCUCUGCUUCGAAUCUCUCUUCCAGUGCCAUAAUAACUGUCUCUCUAGACGGAUUGAGGGCUGAUUUGGAUUGUGAGAGUGCUACAUUGGAUCUCGGAAGCUUUGACUAUUUCACGGCUGAGAAUGGCGGACCUGUCGAUGGAGGGUCAACUCUAGUCGAUAUUUACACUUCGUCAUGCAAAAUUUCCAACGCAUCAUUGGUAGCAAUAGGAGCUGGAACCACAGCUCUUUUCAAUGGAGGGCAAUGCAACAGUGCCAGCGAUCGAGGUAGUACUCGUGUCGUAUUGACGAUAGCUGACACCUACGAGAAAAAUGUCACCCAUAUCAAAAGUUCGAAUAGUUCUCUUGAAAAUAACGCCACUGGGCUGAGGAGGAUUCAGCUUGGCUUAAGUCGCUCGAUAUCAUACAUCUGCAUGCCAACUCUCUUUCAUUUGAACAUUGAGGCCCAACGCAAUGCAUCGUCAUCUUCAUCUGAUACUCGACUUCAAACAAUAAAAUCUCAACCCACAGACUUUCAAGGUUUAACUGCUACAGACGUUGCCAAAUUCAUAGUUGAUAACUCUACGGAAACCACUGGAUUCAGACCUGUUGAUGACACCACCUCAUUUGCAGAUGGGGCGGUUGUAAGUUCGGCCCUGACACUUGGAAUGCACCUUAUAGGGGUAAACGUGAGCGAUGUAACGCUCUGGGAGGAUGACAUGCUUCAAACAUCAGCAUCGGCAUAUUACCAAGCCAUGACUGCUCAGCUCUUACAUAUGGGACUAGCAAAAACAAACAAGUCCACCACAAUUGGCUCCGCGAUUUUACCAGAAAAUAGAGUGAAGAUGCUUCAACUGCCCCUUCGAGGUAUGGAAGCAUGCCUAGCAAUCUGCAUACUGCUCGCGCUUUGCACUCUCUACUUUGUAAAUGGAGAGGCAUUUUUUACUGGAAACCCGGCCCAUAUUUCCUCGAUCGCAGCCAUUACAGCAAACAGUGAAGACUUUAGGUCAUCUCUUCGGGGGGCUGGGGCUCUGUCAAACAAGGUGCUCCAAAGUCGACUUGCGGGUAAGAGCUAUUUCCUUCGCUCGACACCCAGAGGCACAUUGAUCGACAUUGCAGAAAAUGGACGGAGAGAGUCUAUUUUGGAUCAUGAUUCUGGGUCCAAAUAUGUGCCCUGGAAAGCUUUUCCAACGUUUGUAUCACGCAUCGUCAUUUUUCUUCUGGUCUCAUCGACAAUUGCUACAUUGGAAGUUUUGCUACAUUUUUCUCAAGUCGAUGAUGGGCUCGGAAAUGCAUCCUCGACAAACAUGUUUAUGCAAUACCUGUGGUCACUAAUUCCUGCUUUGAUCAUGUCGGGUAUCAGCUUUUUGUUCGGGAUUAUGAGUUUCAACAUCAGAUGUCUGGCCCCAUAUGCGUCUCUUUACCGACCCAACGGCGCGACGUUUGAGCAGUCGAUGAAUCUAAGCUACUUGGAUUCACUUGGAUUCAAAACCCACCUUAGAUCUCUAAGAUCUGGAGAUAUUGCUGUUCAAGUAAUGACACUUGCUACAGGAGCCUCUUUUUUCCUGACGAUCAUCGUUAGCGGUCUAUAUUCAGCAACUGAGGUGCCUUACCAGAUCGCUGUCAACUUUACAAGGAUUGGUGGCUUUCCUGAUCCUAGAACCAUUGCAGGUGCUCAGCUAGAUUUUGAUGAGCAAGGGGAGGUUGCAGGGAUUUUGACCUCCGAAUAUAUUCUCCAAUACAACUAUAGUUAUCCACGUUGGUCCUAUGAGGAGCUUGCGUUUGCGGAGGUAUCGAUGAACGAAAUUAAAGGAAAGGGAAAUUUCAACGGAUCUCACGUGGAUAUUCGAAUUCCAGCCUUGAGAGCUACACUCUCCUGUCAACUUCGAACAGCUGCGGACUUAAAGCCCAAUAUCACUUACUCCAAUAACGGGACAUCAGAUUUCUACCAGCUUUCAAUUGACCAACUUACACUGGCUUGUCCUGGAAACUAUACUGACUAUCAUUACACCAAGACAAUAUUCAAUGUUGAAGAACUCCAUCAUCAGCCUUUUGGUUAUUCAGUGGAGGCUCAAUGCAACGCAAAUUACAUUACAGGUAAUGUCCUAACUGGAGCAAGUCAUUACACGGCGUCAUAUCUUUGGGGUUAUCUUAACGGAAGCUCCAUCCAGCACAUCAGAGGAAUGUCGUGCUUGCAAUACGCUGAAACGGUUGAUGUUUUGACUCGGUUCAAGCUCCCAGAAUUGGAAGUCGAUGAGGAGCAUCCCCCAGUACCAGAUGAGUCCUCAGCGAAACUGGCACGCAAUCUUUAUACGCCAAUACCUGAAUGGUGGGUAUUGAACUCAAAUAGUCAGUAUCCAACAUUAGAUGGCUUUUUCCAGCUCUUGGUCGCUGGAAGAUACGGAAUACCAGUCGAAAAUUUCAAAAGUGCAGAAUAUGACGAAGCAGUUAUCAAGGAAAUCAAGCAUCAGCACAAAAUCAUCAGCGCCCAGCAGUUUAAUAACUAUACCCGCUCGACCGCAAACGACACUGUAAAGCAUGCACCGAUCAUUGGAAAUGUGACAGACUCUAGUCGCCAGCGAGUCGUUCAAGACGCAUCUUCAACUCGGAUUCUAGAGGCUUUGCUGGCUUCAAUGCUUAUAUUGGGCAUUCUGGCAUCUGUGCUUUUGAACACAGAUCACGUUCUGCCAAAAAACCCAUGCAGUAUUGCUGCAGUCGCUAGCCUCUUGGCAGAUUCAAAGUUGUUAGACGAAUAUUUACGUGGAGAAUGGAGUCCAAACGACAAGUAUCUGAUAAAAUCAUUUGUUCAUCGUCGGUUCCAUCUCGGUUGGUGGCAGGAAAGCUCAUCCAUGAGCACGAAUACCAAUAAGAUAUUCACUAUCGACCACAAGUCAACGGAUAAGGUGGCUUAG